AUGGAUAAACAUGGCCGAAAUGAGUACAAUUGUGGAAGGAAAAGUUAAAUAUCGCGACGGUAAAAAGUGGAAACCACGAUGGUGUGUGAUGAAAAAACCUUCCCCAGUCGCGGACCGUCUGCUGGUGUACCUGUACAAGGAUGUGCGGGACGCGGUAAAGGGCCUCUCAGCAAAGUCAAGCUUCCCCCUGGACGGUUUCUACGGACUCGAGUCUGGCAUCUGUAUUGACAAGGAGACCAGUGUUCUCGCCAUUAUUUGCAACAAGCAGAUCACCCUACUGGCCUUCGACUCCCGUGAAACUCUCAUACAGUUUGAGAUCAAGAUUAGGCGCAGUCUAGGAGAAGAGCACCAGUUUCCCGUGCGCACCAUCAAGGUCCCGUCCCACAGUAAGCUCCCACUUGACCUCCUUCGUAUGCACAUCCAUGGCUCCAAGUUCUGCCUGACUGGUCACAUUCCACCAAAGAUCCUUGGCAGCUGGCAGGUGUCCGAGCUACGCAGAUUUGGUGCCAUCGACGGAAAGUUCUGCUUUGAAGGAGGAUCACGCUGUGGUAAAGGUGCAGGCUUCCACGUGUUACAGACAGACCAGGUGGAAGAGAUCUCAGAGAUCAUUUCUCGAGCCAGUGCCGGAAAGUCGGCCCCUAUUAUCCGCAGACAAACUGGUAAACGAAGGAGUGAGUUUCUGGAGCCCAGCAAGCAGUCAGUCAGUGACGCAGUCUUCAAGAAGUUUGAGAACCGGCAGGUGUUUGCAGACCAGAAUUACCACGACGACAACUCUUGGCCCCGGUACAAACGACACUCCAUCAGCUUUACUGAUUUUCGGCGAGGGAAAACUUACACGGAUAAACAACAUUUACAGAGCAUUGAAAAUGUUGAGAAGGAGCGCUUAAUGGCAAUCUAUGACGUGCCUCCAAGAAGGAUUCGUAAAGUAGAACAAAAAAAUUUUAACAGUGAAAACAGCUCUGCUCGCAGUUUUGAUGAAAACUUUAAUGCCUUUCGAAAUAUUUAUGGACAAUCAUCACAGGGUAAUGAAAACUAUCUCAAUUGGACUGGUGAAUUUAAUAACAAUGUAAUGUCCUAUCAAGUGCCAAGAAACUGUGUAGAACAGUCUGAUACUGUCAGUGUUGACCAAUCAGAGACAACCACUAUCACCAGCAGCCAAUCAGAUUCUACCUCACCAAUAGGGAGUGUUUUAUCUCUGCAGUGUGAAAGUCAGGAUCACAAUACCAUGUCCAUCUCCUCCAGUGCACCUGUCCUGUGUAACUUUGUAAACGAGCCAUUGACCAAUCACUACAAGCACAUCAGCCAAUCAGUGCCAGGUGAGAAGCGGGCAGAGCUAGACCGAGUGCUUGACAUUCAGCAUGAUGAAGUGAUGAGAAGCCUGGACCAGAGCCAGCAGGAGAUCGAGAAGGAAAUGUCCCUUCUCGAUGAGAUGCUGCAAGUUUGCCAGAGGACAGAAGGAGACUCAGAGUGGGACCAGCAGCCUCCCCCACUCCCUUUAAAACAGGGUCAUCAAUAUGGAAACCCAAGAAGCCAGGGGUCGGGGGUCAGGGGAUCUCUUGACAACAUUAGCAUCUCUUCAGACAACACCCAUUGUCGCCCCUGCCCACGGUCUGGCACCACUAACAGUCUAAUGCUGAGUCCAAACCUUGUGAACAAACUAAAGAGGAUACCAAAGAGGUCCCAUUUCAAUGCCCCACUGCCGUAUGUUAAUUUGUCAAAGUAUGAUGGUGUGGAUGGUGCCAACCAUGUGCAUGUUCCAGCUGUGUCCACAUCUGCCCCUGAUGGCGGGAACUCUUUAUGUGACCUUCAGAGGUCAAGGUCACGAAAUGCUGGGUAUGACAAUGUUCCCAGUGGUAACAGACUGAGAAAGGAUAGUCACAGAGUGUCAUUGUCUCUUCCUGGGAGCCAUGAAAACCUACAGAGUAUUAGUUCUUCUGAUCUACGUGCUAGUGCUCAUACUCGAAACAACAGUUUCUCCUACGAGCCUAUCUAUGCCAAUACGAGAGAGGAGACACCACCACCAGAAUUACCUCCAAAGGGACCAAAUUUGCGAUAUCGACCUAAACCUAUGGUAGAUAUGGCUUCCAGACCACCAGCACCACCUAGACCACCUGAACGCAGGCCAGUAAAACAACGCUCACAAAACAAUAGCUCACCAUUUGCUCGUCAAGUCUCGUACAAAUCUAGUCAGGAGGAAGACUACUUUAUGAUGGGUAGCUUUGAAAAGGAGCCAACUCACUGUAGAAUAGACUACAAUGAGCCGUGUAGAAUGGUUGAUCCAUUGACAGGCAGGCAAGUUGUAAGUUUACCCCCAAAGGAAAAGAAAUAUACACAGUGUGAUGUGGAAGAUUCAUAUAUGGAAAUGGCUGGUAUCAUGGAACUUGACAAAUCAAAAUCAGGGGACAUUGUGAAUAGCUCUCAAAGACCAACGUUUAUGAGAUCUAUCAGUGCAUCAGGUGUUGAAUCCAGCUACGAGGAUACGUAUUCUCCCCUUCCCCCACCCAGAACCGAGUCUGUAAGUGUCAGUGCGGGUAACUCACCCAGGGAACAGAGGCGUGAAACAUUGAUAAGGGAGGAGAACUAUAUCCUCAUGUCUUCAGUGACUCCUGAUAAGCCCAGUGUCUGUGAGGAAGAUUUUUAUAUAAACUCUUCAAUAGUGGAGGAAGGUUUAAAUAGAAUUAUGGAUGUAAAGAAAGAGUUGACAUUUACCUCUGAUGAUUACUGUGAAAUUGAUGGUCCUGAAGGUUCUAGUGACCCAGUGUUUGAAUCAGACAAACAACUGGAGUUGUCCAAUAUAGAAAUGCCAUUUGAUAACUUGUUGGAUUUUACACUACCAUUUCAACAGGUCAAUAGGAAGCCUGUUCUUUUGAAUCCCAACAAUGACAAAUUAGACACAGCAUCAAUAAAAUCUGAGAGCUCUAACAGCAAAGGAGAAACAAGCUCAGGAAAAGCGCCAGGAUUUUUCUCCCGCCUUAUGAGAAGAAAUUCUCGAGAUAGGAAGAGUGUUUCACAGAGUCAGGAGAACUUGUUAGCAACGUCGUUGAGUGAACCAACAAUCAAGGAGGACGUUGUGAUACAGGAGUAUGCUAGUUCAUCUAGCUCAGAGGGGAGUAGUCGCUCCCAGUCUCAACAGGAUCUAGUCUUCCCACCGAAGGAUCGUAGCCGCUCCUCAAGCUUUCCAAACCGCUCAAGCUACGUAGCUAUGAACCCCGAGAGCAACUCCAGCUCAUCUACAGGGAUUUCCAUUCUGUCUCAACACUCAGGUGCUACUAACUCAUCUCUCAAUAGCUGUGAAACAGUGUCCACUCAUACCAGUAGCACGGAGGGCAAUCUGAACGCUCAGGAAAAUGAUAGUGCCCUUGAUCCAGAGAAAGAUGAGUGCUCAAAAGGCAACUAUGAUCAACAGUCAUACUUCUUUAUGGGACCAUUGGAAUCUAGAAGGAAAAGCAAUAAGGAGAAAGAUACAAUAAAAAAUGAUCUAUAUGAAUCUCAACAACCAGAAGUUUCAAAAGUAGGUGAUAACACUAAAAGUGAUUUCAAUAAAGAAGUUUCAGAUGAAAAUGGUGGGAAAGUGUUUACUGUUCUGAAUGUACAAGGAGAUUCAUGUAAAACCGAUGAUGAAAAACUAAUAGAACUGUGGCAUUCUACUCACUCUUUGUCUGAAAAGGGUGAUAAAAUUGCUGAUCUUAAAUCGAAACUUACCCUGCCAUUGGAAGAACUGUCACCCGAUGAAAAAGCUAGUGCAAUUGCAAAACAUAUUUCUUCUCUUCCACCAUUUAUACCUCCUAAAAUGAAGAGCUACCCAACAAAGCUAUCUCCAGUACUAGAGAGGAACACUCCGAAGGGAGACAAACCUGACCCUCUGGACAUGUCCAUGCAGGAAGGGGGACCAGGUGGUGUGGAGUCCCCUGUGUUGAGCCCAAGUCUAAUGAAACUGCAGGCGAAGGCCACUCUGAGAAUCACCCCGCCCUCGGAGGACGAGCAUGGCAAGAUAUGGAUACCCAGGACUGCUGUUCAACCUGAAGAUGAGACACAGUCAGAGAUCAGUGAAGCGGACAGCCAAAAGACGUCAACCCUGGUGGUGGAGGUGAGUGAGAUGGGGGAGGGGGAUAACCUGUCCCUCGGGUCCGUGGAUAGUGGGACCCAUCAAGGAGAUGAAAUGGUCCGUUCCAGCCCUGCCUCCACAAUCCUCCGGCCCCGCUCUGGCAAGGAAUACCAGAAGGUGGAGCGUCGGCGCACCCUGGACGACAGUGUCACCACCAGCCCCCUCAUGACACCACAGUCACCAAAUACUGGCUCUGUGUUCACCUUUGACAACAUUGUCACAUCGUCCUUCCUCAGUGGCUCAGAGGUUCAGUCAUCUAAAUUUUUCAAGAGUUCAUCAUCAGAUCAGUCUAGUAUCAUAACAAGAAGUGAGAGUAUGCGGUCACCCACUGCCAUGUACAUGAACAUUGACUUCACUGGUGACAUGUCUCCUCCAGAGUCGCCACUUCUUGUCCCAGCAGAGCAGAUUGAACCAAUGCUUAACUAUGCAGAAAUUGACCUUAGUGAGGCUGGGAGGAGUGAAACAGCUAACUCCCAGGCUAGAAUGCUAAACUAUGCAGAAAUGGACCUUUCUAUACCGGAGAGAUUUGGAAACACCCGGAAAUCAACAAAGAAGUCAAAGAAAGCUGCUGAGCCAGUACCUGUGGAGUAUUCCAUGAUAGACAUGGUUGCCACUCGGGCUGCCCAGAAGGCCCGAAAGGACCAUGCACAGAGUCGGGACGGAAGCUUACAUCGGGAGCGCUACUCCUCCAACAGUCUCGCCAGUUCCGGCAGCAGAGAGCGCCAAAGUCUCAGUGGGUCCAGCACUAAGGAGCGUUUGGCUACCCUAUCUCUUUCCAAGGCCGACAAGAGGCAGGCUGCAGCAUCUAACGCUGGCAAAAGCACUACUUCAGUUGAAUCUUCCAAUUUUUAGCUCUACUGGCCAAAGGCCAGAAGAGCUUAUGCGAUGGUAAUGUGUACGUAGUAUGUGCAUCCGUGCGUCCGUGCGUCUGUAAACAAUUGCUUGUGAACACGAUACAGUCUUCAGUUUUGAUUGUAUCUCGAUGAAACUUGUACAGUGUCUAGAUAUCCAUUAGAGCUGGGUUCCUUUCGAAAACCAGCCAGAUCUGCCCAUGCAUGUCUAGAUUAUGGCCCUUGAUAGUAUUAAAAAAUGCUAUUGUGGUAAACAAUUGGUUGUGAACACGAUACAGUCUUCAGUUUUGAUUGUAUCUCAAUGAAACUUUUACAGUAUCUAGAUAUCCAUUAGAGCUCGGUUCUUUUCGAAAACCAGCCAGAUCCGCCCAUGAAUGCCUAGAUUAUGGGCAUGAAAGUUUUAAAGAAAUGCUUUCUAUUUUUAGCCAGGUCUGCAUGAGCGAAUUCUAUUUUUAGCCAAGUUUACAUGUACAUGUAAAUUCAAGUCUAGAGAUAAGGGAGACAAUUUGCAAGUCUAGGAUUUUGAGAAACAAUUUGCUUUUUGCUUCUGCAGUUGAUUUUGUGAAUUACUUUGCCUUUUUCUUGUUGAAAGCCCAAAGGCCAUUUUUUAGUUUUAAGUUCUGUAGUUUGUGCAUUCAUCUUAACAAAAUUGGUUGUGAAUGUUUAAGUUAUGCACCUGGUGUCAUUACUGGCCACACCCAGGGUUCACAGGUUUGGUAAACAUAAAUCUGGAAAGGUUUGAAAAUCUUUUUGUGUGUUCGUGCAUCCAUCUCAGCACAAUUGAUUGUGAAUGUUUGUUCAAAUUGAUCCAUGUUGUCCAAGGAUGCCCUUGACUUUGACCUUUUGACCAACUUUUUUUAACUUUUAAAACUACAGAAAUUUUUACUAUGAGUACAGUUUUAAAAGCAUUUUUAUUUGUCAGAUGACUUUUACUUGGCACAUAUUAAAAUGUUCAUGCAACUAAUCUGCUUACAAUACUUUCUGGGCUCAGAUGUUGAACGUGCUUCGUUUCAGGUAACCCAAACACAAAACAUAAACUAUAUGUCUGUUGCCUUUUACCCAUACAUACAUGCUCUGGAUUGAGAUGACCACAAAAGCCAUUCCAGUAGAGCAUAGGCCCUUUUGGGCCUCUUGUUAACACAUUUUUUAGUACCGUUAUGUUAAAAAACAAAAUUCUAGUAUUUUAUUACUUUUUUACAUGUAUCUUACAUUUUAUGAAGUGAUUUAAGUGCAGAUAUGUGCUUUAUCAUGAAUAUGUGCUUUAUCAUGAAAUUUGUUAAAACACAUUUUCAUAUUUUCGAUUCUUACGAUCAUACCUUAGUCCAUCAUUUGUGAAUCUAUUCUUUUACUCCGGAGGUUUUUAUUUAUGUUAUUUUAUGCGUGGAGAUUUUUAUUUCUCCAAGGUUAGUGAACAAUAAGCCAAUAACUGCUGUGUUGUGAUCUCUGUUUUUUGUUGCCUUCACUAUACUGUCCUGUGUUCUUGUCCAUAUCUGUGUUGUCAUAUUUUGUAUGUGUUCUCAUCAAUCAGGUCUGGGCAAAUUCCAUUAACAGCAGAACUGCUAUUCAUGACAGUAUUUGGCAUAUUUAGCAGUAUAGAAACAUCGAACUGUUUCAAGGAAAUGUGAACAUAACUGGUGAUGAACAUCUUCAGCAAACAAUCCGAGUUAAAACAAACAAACACUAUUUUGCGGUAAAAAAUGAGCUUUUAUUUGGUUUCAUUUUUUCAUUUCAAAUGCUUAAAAGCAAGCUUAUAGGUCAAAAAUUGUAAUAAAGUCUAUUGAGGGCUCAAUUUUCUAUUCAGUUGACUUUUAAAGUACAAAAGAUAUUGUUUUUGUUGCCUCAUUCAUCCUGUUUUGUAACAAAACAAAAAAAAAUCAAAGAAAUAUUAGCAAAACACUACAUACAUGUAAUUAUCAGAGCUGUCAAUGGCACAGUUAUUAACCUUAACACAUCGAUAUAAUUAUGUAUUGUGACAGGUAAGAACAUGUGACUGCUUCCAGAGCAAAAAGCAAAAACAAUAUGCUUCUUGACUGUAUCCUUUGGUUCUAAAUAUGGCAGUUACUGGCAUAUAUAGUGGUGCUGGUAUUGCUGGGAGUCGCCAGGACCGGUGAAUGGUGUCUGUUUUCACUCUUUGUGUGUCAUAUGUGACUGUGUUCACAACGUAGGUUAGAUGGUUCUAGUGAAGCCAAAAAGUCAUUGUAUGCAUAUAAUUGUUUCUGUUUUGUUGCCAUAGUACAAUGUGUAAGUCUGAUGAUUCAAACUUCAGGUGGUAUGCAACAAUUGAUUUUAUAAAAGAGGUAUAGUUUUCAAGGCUGUGAAAUGAUCAAUAUGGCUAAAAUUAUUUCUUUUUAAAAAAAAUAAAACACUACAAUUUUACCUCCAAAAAACCAAAGGGAAUUGAUUAAAUUGACCAAAGUACUUGAUACCAAAUCUGUUUUUUGCACCAUUCAAAUGCAUUAUUUUAAUUUGAGAGUAAAAAAACAUUCAAUGAUCAUUCAGAUUUCUAUGCAUGAUGUAUCCGUGUAUCUUAAUGAAGUAGUAUAACUGUUUUCAAAGUCUGGUGUCCUUUCCCAAUGCUUUGCUUUUGCUAUGGAAAUACAGCCUGGAAUCAGAUAUUAGGAAAAGAAAAAUAUUGCCACGUCUGUCAAACAUUCUGUUGUUUUCAGUUAGUAUAUGCAUGAGUAUAUCAUUGAUUAAAACUGGAUUGAGAAGCACUCAUGAAUCAAUAUUGUUGAUAUUGAACAUAUACAAAGAGGAUAAAGGCAUUAUUUCCAUAGAUAUUGGGAGGGGACAAUGUUCAGACAUUUCUUUUCGUUGAGCAUUUAUAUUUUCGGUGAUUUAUAAAUAUUUAGGGUGCAAUAUGCUUAGUUCUCAGUUUGUGUUUGUGAUAUAUAACAUUGUGUAGCCUCAAUUAGUAUUUUCAUUGAAACAUAUGAUCAAUUAUAUGUCUUCUAAAAUUGUAUGUUCUAUUUAUAGUCAUAUUGACCGAAUACUAUAAGAUUUAGUACUAAAAUCAUUAUGUAUUUCAGUUAUUCAACAUUAUGUUUAUACAAGUGAGUAAGCCGUGAUUAUUUCUUAUCUUAAAGUCCAAGUGUGCUAGUUAAAGCCUUGCCUGUAUUUGUGCCAUGUGGUUUAACAAACUUAUUCUGUUGUAUUCGUAUACAGUAACUAACUGCUGGUGUUUGUAUAAAUUGUCUUACAAUUGCAUUCGUAUGAUUUUUUUUUGUACUUCAGAGUAAUAUAUAUAUAUGAUCAUGUUAUAUAUUGUUUACAGAUUACCUACCCAUUAUGAAAUAAUCUUUAUGUUUUGUUGGUAUGGAAAUCUCAUUUAUUGCAUAAUCACGUUGUUAGUCUUGCAUUUAUUUUUGAUAGCUCAAAUGAUUAAUUUGUCUUACAUUUUUUUUUAUUUAACGUUAUAAAAAUAGGUAAAAUACAAAAUAGCUUGAAAUUAAUAGAUCUUUAUAAAAAAAUAUGCAUAGUUGCAAAAUUUGUUAUCUAUGAACUUUUUUUUGCUUUUUCUGAUUUUGACAACAUAGUAAUCUUAUAAUUUUAGAAAGCAAACAGAGCCCAGAAAAAACCCAGAAUGAUUGUUGAGUGGAAACUGGUUAAUAGGAACUUGUUUAGUUGCAAUAAUUGUUCAAAUGUUAGCAUACAUAAUUGUAGCGUGCUGUACCAUGUACUUGUUUAAUGUAUAACUGUAUAAAGACCAUGUCAGUGCCAAGUAGCCUUAACCUUAAGUUGUUAUGUAUUUCUUCUUUCAUUAUGUUUAUUAUUUGUUGUGAACACAUAAUUUACAUGUGGAUAGCCAUGCCAGGGUUAUUUUCAUUAUCGCUCAAAAUUAGGUUUAUCAUUUUUAGCUCUACUGGCCAAAGGCCAGAAGAGCUUAUGCGAUGGUAAUGUGUACGUAGUAUGUGCGGUCGUGCGUUCGUGUGUCUGUAAACAAUUGGUUGUGAACACGAUACAGUCUUCAGUUUUGAUUGUAUCUCGAUGAAACUUGUACAGUAUCUAGAUAUCCUUUAGAGCUCGGUUCCUUUCGAAGACCAUGCUUUCUAUUUUUAGCCAGGUCUGCAUGAGCGAAUUCUAUUUUUAGCCAAGUUUACAUGUACAUGUAAAUUCAAGUCUAGAGAUAAGGGAGACAAUUUGCAAGUCUAGGAUUUUGAGAAACAAUUUGCUUUUUGCUUCUGCAGUUGAUUUUGUGAAUUACUCUGCCUUGUUCUUGUUGAAAGCCCAAAGGCCAUUUUUUAGCUUUAAGUUCUGUAGUUUGCGCAUUCAUCUUAACAAAAUUGGUUGUGAAUGUUUAAGUUAUGCACCUGGUGUCAUUACUGGCCACACCCAGGGUUCACAGGUUUGGUAAACAUAAAUCUGGAAAGGUUUGAAAAUCUUUUUGUGUGUUCGUGCAUCCAUCUCAGCACAAUUGAUUGUGAAUGUUUGUUCAAAUUGAUCAAUGUUGUCCUAGGAUGCCCUUGACUUUGACCUUUUGACCAACUUUUUUUAACUUUUAAAACUACAGAAAUUUUUACUGAGUACAGUUUUGAAAGCAUUUUUUUUUGUCAGAUGACUUUUACUUGGCACAUAUUUAAAAAGUUCAUGCAACUAAUCUGCUUACAAUACUUUCUGGGCUCAGAUGUUGAACGUGCUACGUUUUCAGGUAACCCAAACACAAAACAUAAACUAUAUGUCUGUUGCCUUUUACCCAUACAUACAUGCUGUAGAUUGAUAUGACCACAAAAGCCAUACCAGUAGAGCAUAGGCCCUUUUGGGCCUCUUGUUUUAUUUCAGCUAUUUCAGCAUUAUAACUUAACUAUUGUAAAAAUAAAAAAAGGGCAAUUACUUUCAGCUGUAAAAUAUACUUUUUUUAUAAAAAAAAAUCAUUGUUCUGAUGCAAGUGCAGCAAUUUUGUAUUAAAAUCGUGUUAUAAAAUGACUUUGAAAUUGAUUUGUAUGUUAUUUUUGUUUCUACCCUGGGAUGGUUGACCACAGCCAGUAGAUUUAGGUAAAAAGAAAUGCUUUUAGAUGUUUAUAUUAUUAAUAAGAAUAAAUAGAAGAACAAUGUU